AGAAAGUUUACCAACAUUUUUCAUGCCGGCGUUUCGACGUAUUUUGCUUAUAAAAUGGCUUUGGUUUCUGAUCCUGAGACGCAGAAGGCCAUUGAAAAUGAACUAGAAAUUGUGAAGAAGACACUGAGCGAAAAAGUGGAGGGAUCUGAGAUUAUUUCUUGUCAUCCGGUUGCUGUCAAUGUUCGAAUCACGUAAGAGAAUGUUGCUUUUUUACGAUCACAAAAAAUUCAUUGGGUAUAAAAGAUGGGGUCUCCAGGGUACUCAGGGUUCAAUUGGGGAAUUUCCCAGUUAAUACGAGCUCUUACUUGUCUGUCCAAUCAGGAGAACGAAAUUCAAGAAUGUAAUCGUCCUGCUUCAAUUUCCUGAGCAAUAUCCCAACAAUGGCAUUCUAGUAGAACUGAAAAGCAAAACUUUGCCCCCAAGGCUGUUGUCUAAAAUGAUGGAACUUUGUGAUCAGGAGGCUAAGAAAUUCUCGGGUAAGCCUCAGGUAAGUGGUGUUGUCUCCAGCUAGCAUUUAGUUUUGGAAGAUUAUCACACGAGUGUUUGGAACCUUGAUCUUACCAACAUUGUAUAUGUAGUAUUAAGUCAUUUUCCUGGUUUUUGUUGAAAUUUUAAUUUAAAUUUUUUGGGAAGGGAUAUUUAGUUAGACAUAUUUUACAUUAAAGGAAAAAUAGAAUUCCUUCCAAUAAUUCAGAACAAACCAUAAAUAUUCAAUUUUUUUUUUCAAAUAUUAGCUGCAAUCAGUAAGAAGCGUGGUCAACAGGAUUAAGGGAAGCAAAUUAUCAUCGAAUGCUUACAGCUGUAGAUGAUAACUUCAGUAAAAAUGUGUUUGUUUCCUUUUUUAUGCGUGAUAGGAGAAUAUUUGCAUGUCUGCAAGCUUUCUGUGUGUUUAAAGAAGAGCUGCAUGUCAAGUGCUUUGUCCCUCGCUAUUGCUUUGCAUGCAAAAAUUAAAUUGUUUUCUUGAUACUGGAGUUUGAGAUCUUAAAAAGUUCUUUGAGCGUCUUGCUCCUCGAUUCUCAAUUGCUUUGAUUAUCGAGGAUCAAGUAUUGAGUGAAGACUGUGAACUUACAUUUGAGCAGUACUGAAUAUGCAAAGUGAAAACAUUUGUUAUCAUUCCAUACAUAAAUGUGUCAGAAAUCCUAUAAUAAAUUUACAUGGCAGAGACACAACUGACCAAAACAAGAAGAAAAUGUGCCAUGAGCUGUUGAAUAGUAGCCACCACAGGGUUUAUUAGAGCAUGCUUUAAGGGCCUUUUAAAUAUGACAGGGGAGGAAAUUUAUGAGAGGGGAGCUUAUCAGACAGAAUAGGCUAUGAUUAACAACUCAUUAAUGUCUUUGGCUGUAGAUAUUAUUGAUUGUAGAGCAAAAUUUCUUUCAGGUUAUCCCUAUGCUUAUAUUUGUGAGGAGAUUUCUUGAUGAGAAUCCUCUGAUUGCAUGCUCUGAUGAGUUGCAGUAUAUCAAGUCAAAGUUACUAUCAGAUAGUGAUGAACUGAAAAUAAAACAGAAAGCUGGAGUGCUCAACAUACAUAUAAAUCAAGACAAGUAAGUAGCGUUUCUCCUUUGAGGUAAUUUUAAGGCACACAUAGCAAACCAGUCAAACAAGUUUUUUUUACAGUGCAAAUUAACCAACUAUCCAAAUAUCACAGAAAAUUUGUACUGAAUUAAUGUGAAAUAUGUAUUUAUACUCCACUUAGUGUAUUUGGAUUUUAACUGCAAAUAUUCUACAGUAGUGUUUUGUUAAAAUUAUUUACUCCUAGAUAUUAUCUGGAUGUGAAGAUAACUGUUCCUGAUGACUAUCACACUUCUGCUAUAAAGUAUGUGGAAUGUUUCAGUUUGAAUAAAUUAGCCUCUUGCUGGAAUAUGUGUAUCAUUGAGAAGUGAGUCUUACCUUUGUCUUCAAUGAGAUGGGUCAAUUAUUGUCAGACUGGGCUCCAGAUAUAGUCAAUAUCCAGGUUCAUGCUAGCCUAGUUCAUGCCCUAAACUUAAAAACCUCCCUGCAUAUGUUUGAAACAAAGAAACAAGUCUUAGAGUAACUUUGUUGGAAAUUGUGGGGUAAACGCAUAGCCCCUCUGCCCAUUAAAAACCAGGCAAAUCAUUUUCUCGUGAUUUUUUUUUUUACAGGAUAGACCUGAAAGAUUCAAACUUUCCUGAGAAUUUGGUCAGAGUAUUUAUUGGUCAAGCUGUAGACAUGGCAAGAACAUGUGUUGAGGCACCUUUGCGACGUAAACCAAAGUAUGUUAACCUGACUUAAAAGUUGAAUUAUUAAGCUUUUAAUUGUAGAAGAUAUUGUUUCUUCACAAACUCUCUAAACUUCACUUGGGUACAAAUUCUAAGAUCUUUCUUUUCAAGAAAGAUCUUGGAAUUUUCAGACUCAUUUGUUGUCAGUCAGACCUGUUUUCCAAUAGGCAUGACUUUUUUAUAAAUUUAAUGAACAUAUACAUGUAUCUGGUGAUGAAAAGUAAAACAUUAGUGAUGGUAACUUUUCUAUUUCCAGAGAUCCACCAUUUGAACCAAAGCCAUCAUUGAAGCUAGUGUGUGAUUUCCUAGUUGAUCAGUGCGCCAGACCAUGUCCUAAGGAGAGAUGCCCUAUAUGUCAAAAAAAAGCUCUCCCUGAAGAACCAAAGGUAAUCUCAAGAUAGGAAGAUGUGCUCUCUUCAAACUCCAAACUGCAUCACUCGCAUGCAUGAAGCACCAUGAAGAUGAAUGAAUUUUUUUCAGAGAGCUUAUGUAGCCCCUUAUUUAAGGCUGGCAAUACUUGAUUACCUGAAGAGUAUUACAUAUUCAAACUUCAUUUGCAAGGAAUGUUUACAUAAUUUUCUUUGAAAGUUCUCCUUCUAAAGAUCCAGUUUAUAGGGAGUGAGAUCUAUAUUGUUUUCCAGGGGAAAUGUAACUAACAUGUAUUUCAAAAGAGUUAUUUUACAUUUUCACCUUUUGGUGUGAGUGCAGUGCUUAUUCCAGGUUGCCUCUUGCUGAUGGUAAAGAUCUGUAUCCUUGUGUUAUGAUAAUUAAGCAAAGCAUUCUUACUCUUCACAGGAAGCUGUUACAGAACCUACAGAUCAUCAGUAUGUUGAGCGUGUUUACUGCAAUCAUCUAUUUCAUUAUGGAUGUCUGGACAAAUACAUGAAAACACCUCCUUUUCAAGGUAGGAUGCCUCUUGUUUGACAAACUUUUAAGAGAAGUAAAGUCAUUAUUUGACAGCCUACAGUACUGCAGGAUUUCUGCACUAGGGAAAAGUAGGCAGGGCUAUUUGAUUUGGGAUCUCAGCACAACUAGCAAACAAUUCAUGAGGAAAGAUUAAGAAGAAAUUAAAAUGAAAACAGCUGCUUUGAUGAUUGUUUUGUUUGACUUAAAGUAAUGAUUGAGUUUGACAUUUUUUUAAGAAGUUCAUUAAAACUUGGAAGGGAAACACAGCACAUGUUUUUAUCCUCUCAAAGAGAUGUUGCAGAGUAGUUUUUCAUUGCCAAUCCCGCCCCAUCAACCAAAAGAACACUUUCUUAGCAUCAAAUUCAAUAUAUUUUCCAAUUCACUUCACUCUCUUUCAAUAUUCACUUGUUUUUCAUGAUCGUUCACUAUUUUUUUUUUUUUACAGGAGGAAAGAAAUGUCCAGCAUGUAAACAAGUCAUUUAUCAUGAUCGUUGGAAAGUAACACCGAAACUUGCAGAAGAAAGAUGGGCACAUCACGAAGCCAAAAAAAGAGAACUCUCUGAAGUCGUGGACUUCCUAGGAGACUGCCUUUGACAAAAAUUACUGCAAUUCUACAUGACAAAUGUUGAGCAAAAUUGUUCCAAGAUAACUCAGUGCGGUUCCUCAAGAAUGGUCACGGUCGAACAACUUACAGAUACAUGUAGAAUAUCUUAGAUCGGUUUCUUUAAAACCCAAUUGACACUAAUGGUGGAAUGAGCCUUUGAAAAUGUUUGCGCAGCUAUGUCUAUCUUACUUCGAACAAACAACUCGACCCAUAAGCACUAUUCUAUUAAGACAACAGAAGUUCAGCUGGGUCAGGUGUUAAGAUAGGUUGGUAAGAUUGAGAUAGGAAUACAGUAUCAGCGGAUCUCAGUUAUUAUUCUGAAGGUUCAAGAGAGUGGGCUAUUAUAUAACGAAAUAAGACUACAGUCCUACAUGUCCAAUAGUAAGCAUACAGUAUAACCAAGUCUCCCACAACACUAAUUCGUUUGAAAAGAAUCCCUCUCAGUCCCAAACCGAAAGGACUCAAAAUAUCUUUGGACAGACAGGCGCUUUCGUUUUUCUCUCACCUAUCCACGCUGCUGGGUUCCCGUCUGGUGACGACUUGAUGCGUUUUCACCUAUCUUCCUCUCUAAAACGCCGAAAUGCAGAUGAAAGCGGCUGUUUUCACUUGUCCACACAAAAAAUGGAGUGUCUCUCGCAGUUGGCUGUUUUGUCUCGUUCUGUUACUGACCGAUACAGGACUUGACGAAUGACCUAAUGCCGAAAAUUUCUCAUCCUACACGGAAAUGCAACUAUUAACGGUGUGCGACAGGAAUCUUUCCCUCUUCAACGUAGGCCCGUUUCUCGAAAGUCACGGUCACUUCACAGAGCCGGAGCCGUAUUUUAAAAUCUAAGUUUGAAGUAAUAGGGGUGCAUAUCUUAGCUCACAAACCAGUCCCCUCGGUUUGUUUCCAUAUAGUUUUAUUUCUUAAUAAAGUUUCAAGACUCUCAAGAUCCCAAUCCCUAAUGUAAACAUGGCAAACAGCAAAGAGCUUUUCGGGACCAAUAACAAUUGGGACUUUCGAGAAACGGGCUCCGGAUGUCUACAUUAUUGCGUAAAGAACUUAUGCAGUUGUGCCUGAACUUUUAAGCUUCGUUAAAUCUGCUCUUCAAUCUUUCGCAGCUUGAAUCUGGUACACCAUUGCUGAAGUGAAACAGAUGUAUCUAUAUGAGCCAGCUAUGGUGUAAAAAUUAAAAUCUAGCCUCAAGUGCUGUUAAUCCGCGAAGGAAGCAUAGUAUAAUGGAUUGAAUUAUCUUGGACUGGAUAAAGUGCGAUGAAAGUAGUUUACAACAAAAAUAAAUUACUAUACAACUUGG